AUGAAGUUCUGGAGGGAGGGGAUGGGCGGGGGGUUUUUUUUUUCUCUUUCUUGGAGAAUCGCCCUCUCCCUCGUCGCCACUUCUGCGUGUGAGGUUGCGGUGGUCUGGCCAGCCAUCGUGAUCGACACGUUUGAGUGCCAAGCAUAUUCCAUCUACCUCAUUACUGUACCAGAAUCAAUUCCACGUCCACCUCAUGUCAUUCAUCCUGAUCUUAACCAACUCAUCACCCUCCACCACCUCAUUAAUCAACUCCUCCACCCUCAUCCACCUCAUUCACCUCAUCCACCUCCAUCAUCCUCCAUCCACUCCCGUCACGUCCCGUCCCCUCGGAAAUUGACUGGCCAAGACUUCAAGCUCAGGCCUGAGGUGCUCCCGUCCCUCACAAACGAAGCGUGUCCCGUGCACAAGUCUACCUGCGAACACCUUUUCCCACCGCGUGCUACCGGUUCACCCACCCCACGCUCGCUCGCGCGAGAUGAGAACAUUGCUGGCUCCUCCUCCGCCAAGAUUCACUCAGUCGGACAUUCUCUCUUCCCUCCGACAUCCUCACGCAUGACCAUCUCCUCUCCCUUCCGUCUCGGCUGCGAUUCCCACUUUGAACCGCCACACCCAUCUCCAAUGUUCAAACGCCCGAAUUGGCAGAGCACGGAUUCACUCCAUUUUGCGACCAAGUUUCGCCAUGGUCCCGACCUGCUGGAUAGGAGCGGAGCCACUCCACCCGCGCUCUCGCAACUCCACACCCGCUCGAUAUCCUCGCUCGAGAAGGAAAAAGACAACUUCACAAUGAAACCCCACCGCAAUGCAGAGCCCAUCCACGAAUACUAUGCCAAAGAGCUAGACAUUGAGGCGGCUUUGGCCUCGGUCUCCUGCCCAAUCCGGAUCUUCCUUACACACAAAUCCGUUGCAUGCAGAGGCCACAUCGGUCCCUACCGCAUGGAGCGCAUCUUCACCCUCCUCGAAGAUCUACAUUUCUACAAGUCCUUCAACGCCUCGUCGAACUCCCACGCUAUUGCCACCAUCGCCCGCAUCAGUUAUCUGAUCGUCAAGUCCCUCUUCUGCUCCAAGCACAAAGCGGAGGACUACCAGGAAUAUUCACAACCCCUAUACGACCAGAUCUACUCUAGUGCUCUAGACUGUAAGAUCUUCCAGUGCUACGACGGGCGAGAUUGGGAUCGCGAGUUUCGAAGCAUUACUGGGAUAAUGCAGAGGAACACGAAGCGCGCUCGCGAGGAGGAGGGAGAGGAGGAGGAAAAUGAGAUGAUCCAGCCGUCAGCACUCAAGAAGCUCCGUCCAUCAACCACUGCCAACUCUUCCGCCCUCUCGUCGAACGGUUCAACCGACGAGGGAGACAUCGUCUGCCCGCCGAGUGAUGAUCCCUUCUGGAACAAUCUUCCCUGGCCGUCGACCGAUCCCCUCUGGCAGCAGCAGCAGCAGUCCUCCGUCAACAUUGAUACUGUCACAUCGCUACAUGGAGGAGAUGCGCUGCUGGGAGGGAACAAGGUCCAACAGAUGAAGUCUGACACCCACUGGUGGCUUACUCCACUUCCUCCUCGACCAUCAGGCGACAACACGUUGAAGGCUCAUCGGCUCAUCCUUCCCAACGACGGUUUCCAGCCAUCUGCUCCUCCUCUGCCAUCAGGCGACAACACGUUGAAGGCUCAUCAGCACAUCUUUCCAAACAACGGUUUCCAGCCAUCUACUCCUCCUCUGCCAUCGGGCGACGACACGUUGAAGGCUCAUCAGCACAUCGUCCCAAACGAUGGUUUCCAGCCAUCUGCUAUGAUGACGAUGACGGCCUGCCAGGCGUCCCCAUUGGUGGAGAAGCUGGCUCGUAUCAACGCCCAUGUUGGUAGCUCCUCGUCCUCGUCGUCGAUGGGGAGCAACGUUGACCCCGUCACAUCGCAGCAGCAGAGAGGUGUGUCUAUUGAAGGGAACGAAUUCAUGCAUUUCAAUGACAUCAAUUUCGACGACAUGACCUUCAACGACAUGACCUUCAACUUCACCGAAACCAACUUCAACGGCAUGUCCUACAGCGACACAUGGCUUGAUCCAUUUCUUCACCAAUCAAACGCCCCGUCAGUGACCAACACCUCAACCCAGCAACCCCUCCAACCAGACAUCGCUAGCACCUCCAAGGUGUCAUCUACGGUGAACAGCAGUGCCGCCAAUUCCGAGCCAGCCUCCUCACAGACCACUACUCCCAACCUGUUCACGGACAAAGCUGCGGAUGACCUACUGAAGGAGCUGUUCCCGGAUGCCGACUGA